AAACUAAGUAAUUUUGUUGAUUGUUUCGUUUUUCUUAGAUGUUGAUAAACAUAAAGUGGUUAUUGAUGGACAAAUGGCGAAGAGUUCAAAUAUCAAUACUUGUCCAUUACAAGACAACAGAGGAAGUCCAAAUGAAAAAAAAGAAGGCGGCAAGAAAGUAGAAGAACAGCCAGCAGAUAGCAGAUCACUUACAGCAUUGAAGUCAGAAAUUACAGAAAAGCAUCAAGACUUCAGUAGGAAAGAUAAUGUUGACAAUGCAGCAUCUAUUGGAAAGUUAGUGGAAUGCAAUGAACAUAAAGCUGAUGAUAAGGAUAAAGAUGACUUGAAAGAUAAAAAAGAAAAUAUGCAACCCACAGAUCUGGUCUCAGUUACACAUGAGGGUAGUAUUCAGAAAACUGCAGAAGAUAAAGGAGGUACCAAGCAUGAUGAUAGUGCAGGCCAUGAAAACGGUUCAAAAGAUUCUAAAACUUCUGGGAAACCAAAGGUUGAAGCUGCAUCUGCAGAUACAUGUGUCAACAAAGUAGAGCCAAGUGAUGAAAGUAUUGAAAAAGAUGAUGAUUAUCCCAGGCACUUUAAAAACAACUUGUCUGAUGUUGAGGAGAAAACAGAAGAACAUUUAGGAGAAGAAUCACAACGAACAGAUGAUGAUACCCAACCUGAAUCAGGCUCACCAUUAUCAAGAUCCAGUAGUAUUGAAAAUAUUGCAGAGGAAGAUCAGGGAGAAAAUGUUGAUGAAUCGUAUUGCUCAGUACAGUUUGAAAUGAAAAGCUACACACUUUCGCAAAAUGAUUGCAGAAAGGAGUUGAAAUAUGACACAGAAUCAGAUAAACAGAAUGGCAAAGCACUCACGGAUGUUUUUAAUAAAGCUAAAACACAGGACAUUGAAGAUGAAGAUGAAAAUAGGCAAGACACACACAGAUUCAAUAAUAAAGAAUCUGGAAAGUCUGAACCAAUUGAAGAUUCUUCAGUCCCAUACAGAUACACUCUCAGAGAAGUUGACAAUGAAUAUGUUCUUCUUGUCAAUAAUACUAUACCAGUUAAAGUUCCUGAGCUAAAUGGAAAGUCCAAUGUUUCUGUCAAAGAAGACUUUAUUCGCAUAAAUGGUAAAUUAGAAUAUUUAAUCAAAAAUGAAGGUGGAAAAAUCAUUUUAACAAAGCUAGAAGAGGCCCAGGUAGGAGAUGUUAGUAAGGAGAUCCAAAAACUCAGUCCUUCCCCUGUUGCCAGACAUGAUCAUGGUGAGGAAGAAAUUACAUCAGAUAGUAAAGUAAGAACCGCCAUGGCUACAAAAAUAAGAGCAUCUACUCCACAGAUGGAUGAAUUGAUGAAAACUGAAGAUGAUGAAAAAAGCCAAACUGAUAAAUGCAGUCAACCAGUUGCUAGCAUUAAUACUGACGACUCACACAACAUUUCAGUUGAAGGGGAAGAAAAGGAUUUGGAAAUGGUGACCAACUUGAUGAGAGGGGUUAAAAUUGAAGGUUUGUCUGAAAAUGCUUUGUUUCUCAAAAAGAUAAUAACUUAG